GCUGAAGGGGAAGGAAUCUUCGGAUUCCUCUGCGCGGAUAUCAGGCGGGUAGCGGGUCGGGCAGCUCGCAAGGUGAGGGCUUUUUUGGAGCAGACGAGGCUUGUGGCAGCUGAGCCCAAGCCCUGGCAAAGAAAUCCUCGAGGCUCUGGACAAGCUCCGGGCAAGUGCCAGUGGCCCCGGCCACGUCCCUGACGGGGCUGCUGUGCUCUUUGCAGCGCUGCUGCGUCUGCCGCAAGAAGGGGGCCACCGUCGCCUGCUGGCAGAAGCGCUGCUCGCGCCGCUUCCACCUGCCCUGCAGCUCCCAGCGGGGCUGCAUCUCGCAGUUCUUUGGGGACUACAGGUACGAGCUGCCCUAGCUUGGGCUGCAGCCCCCUCAGCCUGCGCCCUGCAGGCAGAGUCCCCGGUGUGGCACGCGUGGUCCCUGGCCUCACUCAACUCUUCCGUCCUCACGCAGCUCCUUCUGCUGGGAGCACCGCCCGCAGCAGAGCGUGGAGACGCUGCAGGAGGGGCACACCACGUGCAUCAUCUGCAUGGAGGUGGUGGAGGACAGCCUCUCCUACACCACCAUGGUGUGCCCCUCCUGCAAGCACGCCUGGUUCCACCGCGGCUGCAUCCAGGGACAGGCGCUUCGGGCGGGCCUCAGGCACUUUGCGUGUCCUCACUGCCGGGACCGGGAGCGCUUUCUCCCUGAGAUGCUGCAGAUGGGAAUCCGCGUGCCCAACAAAAAGCCGGCUUGGGAGCAAGACGAGGAGGAGGAGCCGGCACUGCCGCAGCUGUAUGGCCGCUGCGAUGCCAGGCAGUGCCUGUACAGGGGAGGCCGCGAGCAGUGGCAAGAGGAAGGGCCCUGGCAGCUGCUGCUCUGCUCCUCCUGUGCCGCCAGCGGGACCCACCGCCGAUGCUCCGGCCUUGGGGACACCACGCAGCAGUGGGAGUGCGCUGGCUGCGCUGGCCCGGGCACUGGCACUGCUCCCAGCUCCUCACCCUCACCACCGGAGAGGAGAGCCGGCCGUGGCAGGGUGCUGCCCCAGCGCCACAGCCCCUACAGCCGGCCACAGCCCUGAUCCCGGCCUGGGGACAGAUGCUCCAGGGGGAGCACAGUGUGCUGUGGCUCGCUUUGUGCAUUUGCCUGGACAAA